UUAUCCCCUGAAUAGAAGAGUGUUCACAGAGUUCUGACACCUGGUGUUAAUUUAUAUGAAGGACUUGCCAGGGUCCGCUUAAAACCUCUCGCUGUCUUCAGCAUUUGCUGUGAAGUCUGGGAAACUAAUUGUCAUAGGUUCACUGAGGACCUGGAUUGUAAAAUGGAGCUGCAUGUAGAGGACAGAAGAAAAUAUGCUCAAAUAGUAGCUGGCUGCUUGAUCACUGAAAAAUAUUGAAUGUGAUUCCUCAGCAACAGAAGUUUUGUAGUUAUUUUUGGGACAAUGCUGGCGAAGAAGGCUCUGGAUAUCAUGAUAUCAAAUACUAAUUUGUUAUCUGUAGGACCGGCUAUCUGUAAGCAAAGAACGUGUUGAAGUUAAAGGUUUUAGUUCAAUUUGUAUAAGUUGAAGAUUGAAGGAUGAUGGCUCCUUUGCCAUGGUUCUUCACAUGGUUGAUUAUGGGAUUCGAAAUAGUUACCUUGACAACACUAAGUAUAGCCCAGGAUCCUGAAGAUGAUUUCUUUGACGCUCAUGAUUGGCAGUUUGACGAUUGCAAGCUAGCAAGAUCAGGUCCUCCAGCAACAAUUGUAGCAAUUGAUGAAGAAAGUCGAAAUGGAACACUUCUGGUGGACAACUUGCAAAUUACAGGUCAUGCAGGAGGCUCAAAUCCUACAAUUGCUUUAUCGUUGAAAGGCAACAAUGACUAUUGGGUCCUUCUGGAUGCUGUCAAUCAGCGAUUGUAUUUGAACAGUACUGGCCGAGUUCUCGACCGAGAUCCUCCAUCAAAUAUCCAGUCUAUUGUUGUUGUGCUCGAUUGCCUAAACUUACGAGUCGGAAGUGUCAUCAAGCAUGAGGUGCGAAUUAUAGUAAGGGAUCGGAAUGACAACUCUCCGUCUUUUCAACAGUCACGAUACCAUGUGGAAAUCAAUGAGUUGACACCAGUUGGGACGACAAUCUUUACUGGCUUCUCAGGAAGAAAUGGAGCAACUGACAUAGAUGACGGUCCUAAUGGGCAGAUUGAAUAUGUUAUUCAAUACAAUCCAAAUGACCCAGAAUCUAGUCAGACAUUUGACAUCCCACUCACAUUGUCGGGAGCUGUGGUUUUAAGAAGAAGGUUAAAUUAUGAAGAAAAAACACGUUACUAUGUCAUUGUUCAAGCCAAUGACCGAGCUCCAAAUCCAAAUAAUAGAAGAACCAGCACAACUACGUUGACAGUUGAUGUACUUGAUGGAGAUGAUCUUGGCCCAAAAUUCCUUCCAUGUGAACUGGUCAACAAUACAAGGGAUUGCCGUCCCCUCACAUACAAGGCCAGUUUGCCUGAGCUCACAGACCCGGCAAGGAUAAACCCGGUGAAUGUUACACCUCGAAUUCUAGCUGUUGACCAAGAUAUAAACAUUAAACCAACUGAUGAUCAACCAGGAAUUGUCUACAGUAUUCUUGUUGGUACACCAGAGGACUAUGCUAAGUACUUUUCCCUGAAUAAUAUCACUGCUGAACUCUAUCUCCUAAGGCCAAUAAACAGGGAUUUUCAUCAGAAAUUUGAUUUGGUUAUUAAGGCAGAACAAGACAACAGGCACCCACUGCCAGCUUUUGCCAAUUUGCACAUAGAGGUUCUCGAUGAAAAUAACCAAGCUCCUUACUUUGAACAAACUACUUACCAGGGCUUUAUCAUUGAAUCUGCUCCAGUCGGAACAACGCUUUCGGACAGUCGAAAUUUAACAAUACCUUUAAGAAUAGUAGCUAUGGAUAACGAUGUGGAGGAGGUACCAUCAGGUGCUACUCCUACGAAAGACCCAAAGCUGCGAAUUUCGCUGAGCGAUUUUGUUACAGCAUUUACCGUAACUCCUUUCGGAAUAACCCGCUAUCUGACUUUACGUGAGCCAGUUGACCGGGAACGUCAGCAGAAUUACACUUUUACGAUGACGGCUUCUGAUGGAGUUCAAGAAAGUACUUCAGUCACUGUCAAUGUCUUCGUGAUUGAUGCAAAUGACAACACUCCAAUUUUUCAAAACAUUUCUUACAAAGUAAAUGUUUACACUGACAUGAAGCCUGGAGAAUCUGUCAUACAGCUUACUGCAUCUGAUGCUGAUGAAGAGAAGAAUGGACAAAUAAUUUAUGAAAUUGUGACUGGUGAUGAUGGUGACUUUGUAAUAAGUAACAGCAGUGGAUUGAUUACCAUUGCUCCUGGAGUUAGUUUAAAUGUUGGUCGGAUUUAUGCCCUUACUGUCAAAGCAACAGAUAACGCCAGGCUGGCUGAAAGGAGAAGCUCAAUUACUACUGUUUAUAUUGAGGUUCUUCCUCCUAACAACCAGAGUCCUCCAAGGUUUCCACAAAUGCUGUACAAUGUUGAAGUGAGUGAAGCUAUGAGAACAGGGGCAACUUUACUGAAUUUGAGGGCAACAGAUCGUGAGAAGGACCCAAUCACCUAUCACAUUCAAAAUGGAGAUCCACAGCACGUUUUUAAAAUUACUCAAAACAGUGGACUGUUAGUCUUAGAAAAAUCUUUAGACAGAGAAAGUACAGAUCGAUAUAUUCUUAUUGUCACAGCAUCUGAUGGCAAGCCUGAUUCGACUUCAACUACAACUGUCAACAUUGUGGUUACUGACGUGAACGACAAUGAUCCAAACUUUGACACGAUCCUUCUUAAGAACUUCACUGUGUUGGAAGAAGAAGCAAAUAUCUACGUGGGCCAAGUCAGAGCUACUGAUCCAGAUGCUGGUGUCAAUGGGCAAAUUCGGUACAGCUUAGCAAACUUCAAUAACCUGUUCAGAAUCACAUCAAAUGGCAGCAUUUACACUUUGACAUCCUUGGACAGAGAAACAGAAGAAAAGUAUGAUCUACUUGUAGAGGCUUCAGAUGGAGCAGUGGAUCCUCGUCACUCAACUGUGACUAUACCAAUCAGAGUUCUUGAUGUUGAUGACAACAGCCCUGUAUUCUCACAAUCAACCUACGUAGUUUCUGUACCAGAAAACAAUGAAGCUGGAAUAAUUAUUCUGCAGUUACAGGCAUCAGAUGCUGAUCUUGGUCCAAAUACAACUUAUCGUAUAAGAACAGAUGAGGCCAGAAAAUUGUUUUCUCUCAAUCAGGGGACAGGAGAAUUGUCAAUUUUAGAGACUGUGGAUUAUGAAUCUCUGUCUACUGCAGAUGCAAGCUAUACUUUCGUCGUCGAGGCACUGGACAAUGGGGGAAGCAUGCCUCCAGGUUUAGCGACUGUGAUUGUUCAAAUAAAAGACAUGAAUGAUUAUUCUCCUGACUUUAUCGAGCAUUCCUACAAAGGGCUGGUGGCACCAGAUGCACUCAAAGGCAGCUUCAUCACUGCUGUAUCAGCAGAGGACAAGGACCCCCCUGGGAGUCCAGCAAGCAGAGUCAGAUAUAAAGUGAAUAUGACAGAAUUUCCAUACAGUGCAAGCAUAUUUGAAGUGGAAGAAGAGACAGGACGGGUGCUUACUCGAGUGAAUCUCAAUGAGGAACCGAGUACAAUUUUCAAGCUGGCAAUAAUUGCAUAUGAUGAUGGAGAACCAAUAAAGUCUAAUACUACAAUAGUGGAGAUUACUGUACUUCAGCCAUCAGUAAUUCCACGUUUUACACAGGAAGAUUACAGGCCUCCACCUGUAAGUGAAAGUGCUCCAAUAGGAACUGUAGUUGUCACUGUAACUGCAGCUGCAAUCAAUCAAACAAUAGUGUAUUCAAUUAUAGCAGGAAAUGAUGCCGGUGUAUUUAAGAUCAACAAUCGGACAGGAGUCAUCACAACAAAUAAAACUUUGGAUUAUGAAUCUGUAAAGGAUUAUGAAAUUAGGAUCCAGGCAGAUUCAUUGUUGUUCUUCAGGUCAAACCUCAGAGUUCCUUCAAGAACAAACACAGCUAAGGUUUUUAUCGAGGUGCAGGAUGAAAAUGACCAUGCUCCUGUUUUCACCAAGUCGCUCUAUCUGGGUGGGGUGACUGAAGAUGCCAAGACAUUCACCACUGUGCUACACGUUGAGGUUGAAGAUCAGGACAGCGGAAACUACAGCAUCUCUCAGUUCCGAUUGAUCAUACCACCCACAAAAGAUGGAAAGGAUGGAUUUGUAAUCGAAGAGUACACUGGUGCAAUCAAGACAGCCAUUACAUUCAGAAACAUGAGACGGUCUUAUUAUAAGUUUGAAGUUAUUGCCACAGACAACUAUGGGACAGAAUUGAGCAGCAGUGCACGAGUUGUUGUAUCUGUCGUCAAUGAAUUGGAUAUGCAAGUGAUUGUUUCCAAUGUCCCACCUACCCUGGUGGAACAGAACAAGGAUCAGUUGAUUGGAAUUCUGGAACGUUACGUACAGGAUCAGAUUCCUGGUGCAAAGGUUAUAGUGGAAUCCAUUGGUCCUCGCAGACAUGGUGAUGGCUUUCAGGAAGAGGACUAUUCCAAGUCAGAUUUGAUGGUUUAUGCUAUUGACCCUUUGACAAACAGAGCUAUUUCAAGGAAUGAGCUCUUCAAAUUUCUAGACGGCAAGCUUCUAGAUAUCAACAAAGACUUUCAGCCUUACUUGGGACAAGGAGGUCGUAUUCUGGAAAUCCGCACGCCGAGCGUGGUGGCAAAUGUGCAGAAACAGGCACAAGCUGUGGGCUACACAGAAGGUGCUCUACUGGCUCUGGCUAUCAUUAUCAUCCUCUGCUGUUUACCUGCAAUUCUGAUAGUUAUGGUUACCUACAGACAGCGACAGGCAGAGUGCGCAAAGACAGCGAGAAUCCAGAUGGCUUUGCCAGCAGGGAAAUCGACUAGUGGUCCAACAACUAACCUAUAUGAAGAGUUGGGUGACAAUACCAUGAGGGGAUAUGGACAACAGGAGCAACAGCAAUUACUGAGGCCCUCGCUGCUUAGACCUGAGGAACUCUCCAUGGAAUCAGGGAUUGAUCCUGGCCAGGACUACUAUGCACAGGAAUACUACAAUUAUGAACCUGGGUACGAGGUCCCGCAGUAUGGCAGUCGCCGAAGAUUAAUCUCUCCCUCUGGAAUGUAUGAUGACUAUGGAGAGGUGGUCAUGGAAGAUGAUGGUGGCUAUUAUUACAGCCCACAGGGAUCAAAUGCAGAUGCCGAGUGGUCUCGCCAUAAACGAGUGAAGUUGAUUGUGGAUCGUGAGUAUGAAACCAGCUCAACUGGUGAGGACAGUGCACCAGAAGCACAAAGGAUUCGUAUCAAGCACCCAAAUAACCAUAGCAACAUUAACAGUAAUAUCUACUUUGCUCAAAAUGGAUCAAUCGUAAGAACAAGACGCAGUUGCCCUCCGACCAAUGGGAAAGCAGCUUCGCCUGCGAGGGUAGGAAAACAUUUUAAGAAACUAGACAAACUGGCAGCAACACAGGAAGAAAAGGUCCCAUUGAACAAUCCAUUGGCCAAUGCGACAGCUUCUUGCAGCAAUGACAAUCUCAAUGCAAGACCAUCAAGUAGCUCCAUGGCCUCCUGCAGCAUGGGGCCUGCCAGCUGCCUGUCCAGACUGAGCACGGUAAAGGCAAAGAACGAGAGAGGGAAAAGCACAGAUAACCAAGAAUCAGCUGUCGACAGUGAAGGUGCUAAGGAGUCAUUUGAGUCCCACAGCGAUCAGACACAAUCAGAUGAGGAAGAACUGUGGAUGGGACCUUGGAAUAACCUUCACAUACCAAUGACAAAACUGUGAUUUAGAAUUUUUAUUGCUACUAAUGAUAAAAUUCACUUUUUAUGGGUACUGUAGAAAAGUAACAAUGAUUUUCAAUUUAUUCACCUUAAACAUACAUUUUGAUUCAUGUGAUUUUCAUUCAAUGUGCUCACCAAGCAUCCACAUUCUGAUUUUUGCAGAAAUGGGUAAAAUCUUUAAAUGUAAAAAGGACCCUUAAUAUGACAGCAAUUUCACAGCCUGACUGUGGUUAUCAUUUAGCUGAUUAGCCUCACAAAAUAUAUUGCUAACUUUUCAUAAGGCAUGACAGAUUGUUAGAGGGAAGAUAUUAUUUGCUUGUUCAUAGAAGUAUAAGUAAUAGACUCAGUACUGACACUUGCCCUACCUGGGAUUCAUUUUGAAGUAAAACUUUAAAAAGUUCAUUCUGUGAGGUUCUGAAGUAAGUUGGUUCUUUUUCAUUAAAUGUAAUGGUGUUCUUAUCCAUUUUUGCAGAUGCCUGUAGAUUUCACUGAUUUGAAACUGUGCCCUCAUUCUGACAAACCCAAUUGCGUACUGCAAUUGAUCGAAGCAGCUAAAUAUAUUGGGGGUAAAAUUGGUCUAUGCCAGCAGUUUGAGACAGGCUUGUAGCAAAUCGGCGAGCUGAAGUACACUGUGCCAGUUUUUAUUUUACAUUGAUUUGGAAAAUAUUGCCAAGAUCCUUCACAUCGACUGAGCAAAAAUGACAGCAAAACUACGAAAUGUGUCUUCAAAAAGAGCUUAAAAUAUUGUGUGAACUUCAGCAGAAAGAAGAUCAUGCAUGUUGAAAAAUCAUGCUGAAAGCCUGUUUUAUGCGACUGCCAUAAACAAAUUUCACAGCUGUUGUCUUAGAAACAAAAAUAUUUUAUUGAACAGCUCUCCACUUUUCCCAGCCCUUUCUUCUGCCUAUUAAAUUAUUGUUUCUCAGUUUGGGAAUAGGUGUCCAUGCACAUCAGUUAAUUUGCAGCAAUUAGAAAUGUGAAAUUUCAGCAAAUCUGGUGAUAACAAGGUUCCUCCAAGCCUCAGUGUAGCAUACUUCUUAAUGAAUAAAAAAUGGCACAUCCUUUCAACAUUUUCACAAACACAGAAUUGGUUUUGAGCUUUGAUGCAUCUUGACUUUUGCUACAUAAAGCGGAUUUAAAACCAAAAUGACAAGUUUCAUACAUUGAAAUAGUUACAUCUUUCGAAUCCUACUUCCCCUGUGAUAGUAUUCAGGUGAGAUUUAAUAAUUAAUGAAUUACCAGCUGGUUGUUGCAUUGGGUAAUUCUGAUAUCUCCCAAAAUCUCUGCGAGUGUUUCUGGCGCGUUGCUCCUGGUGGUUGGGAGAUCAAAAGAAACAAAAUAAGCUUUCCUCAGACGUUUUGGUGAUGAAAUCACAUCCCCCACAAUUAAACAGAAUAACGGCUUUGCUGCAGUUUAAGAAUAAUGUGUUCAGGACAUAUGUCUUUGCACAGGCAAACUCAUUUAACUGAUUGCAAUUUCAUUUAAUGUAUUUCAAAAUAGAUCUCGACAGAUUCUGGAUUAACAGCUGAUAGCUGGAUUUCUCUCCCUUCACCAGUGGAUGAUGUUAUUGAUGUGUUGACUAACCAACAAAUACAGCUUUUAUGUAUUAAAUGGCAAGUCACGUUAUAAAUUAUGCAAAGUUGGACUAUUUAACAAAAAAAAGGCAAAAUUUUUUUAAAAUCAUGGCAAUAUUUUAACAAAAAAAAGUCACAACGAUAAUCGAGUUUUAACCAGAUUUAUGCGUAACUUACACAGAAUUCUUGUGCUCUCUCUUUCUGUCUGUGAUAUUAUGUGAAAUUCUAAUGUAGGAUAUGGUGCAUAAUAUUUUGACUAUUCUUCAGGUGAGGCCACUCCAAAAAAAAACAAAUGCUAAAACGUAGCUCAGUGAGUCUGAGCUGUCCAUUAUUGUCCAACUGGCCACUCCUCACCAAUGAACCUGGACAUUAAAUCUUGGCAAGCUAUUUGACAAUAGAAGCAUCACCAUUUCACUUUUCUGCAAAGUUGAAUAAUUUGACAACAACAUCAUCAUUCACACUAAUGAGGCUAAGGUCUCACUUUGUUUUCAUCUUUCAUUACCAAUCCUUACAUAUUAAUGAUGUAAUUUAAAACUUAUAAUUCAAGAAUUCCCCUCUUUUCCCCAAAUUAUAAUUUCUGGCCUCAUUAUUAACUCCACAUUAUUUGCAUCAAAGUCUUCAUUUUGGAGGCAUUUUUCAUGAAAGAUUUGACAUGGGCAAAUAUUUACCUAAAAUGUUUAACCAUUUUAGCCUGUUUCACUUGCAACUUUUGAUGGUCCUAAAAUUGUGGAGCAUUGAGCAAAGCUUUAAAUGAUUGGUCAAAAAAAAAUUUAAUAUUUAAAAUUUGAACGUCGGUUCCUGUCAAACUGUAUUUCUAUCUGCUUUUAAGUCAGUUGUGUCUCACAAGUUUGUCUUCUCCAGUCCAAGCAAUUCAUAAUUACAUACAUAUUUUGUACUACAGAAUAUUAUAAGUAUGUCCAAGUUAUGGUAAAUUAAUCUUUGCUGAAUUACCAUACUGGCAAUUUAUCCCAGCAAUGUGAUUCUGUACAGGUAACAUUGUUUUCAGUCAAAGCAUUUCUAUCAGUUUAGAGUUGACAAGAAAAAAAGUUAAAGCAGGUUCCAUGUGAAAAUGAUCAAUUAUUCUAUUGAAGUUUAUCCCUAUUAUUGAAUGGAAGCAUUAAUUCCUUAGAGCAUAAAGGCAGGCCCAUUGAGUCCACACUGACUCUCUGAAGAGCAUCCCACCCAAACCCACCCCCCUACACCAUCAGUGUAAUCCUACAUUUCCCAUGGCUAAGCUACCUAGCUUGCAAAUAGCUGGGCAAUUUAGUCUGGCCAACUCACCUAACCUGCACUGUGGGAGGAAACUGGAGCAUGAAGCAGGGGACAUGUAAACUCCACAUGGACAGUUGCCUGAGGUUGGAAUCAAACCCAAGUUCCUUGUGCUGUGAAGCAGCAGUGCUAACCACGAUGCCACCCUUUUAUUGUUCCUGAGCUUCUUUUACAAGAACUCAUACCUUCACAAAAGUACUAUUUUUUUGCGUUCAAUACUAUAGCAUUCCAAGUGACUGCCAUUUUAUUGGGCAAAGAUCUCCAUAAUUUCUAUUUAAAUGCAAACUUUUUAAUAAUUUAUUUGCUUAAAUUCUACUUUUCUUUAUGAUAAAAUAACAAUCUUGCUCUUGUUUAUUUGCACUGUUUGGUAACCGCCUUUAACUAGUCUUUUUUUCAUGACAGUAAAAUGUAAACUUCUUAGAUUGUUUCUCUACUUCAUCCAUUUUAUACUUGGGUUCAAUUUCUAACACUUUGUACCCUUCAUAAUGCAUGUAUGGUUUUCAUGGCAUGAUGACCAAAAUUUACUAAAUGUGGUCUGACCAGCGCAUUUUAAAGCUUUGCCCAAUCUAUAGAUAUAUUUGACUGUUCUGGUCUAUAUAAAUCUAUCUGGAAUUCAAUUGUUUAUCAUUUCUGUCCAGAAAUGUGUACUGACAUAACUGCUAUUAUCCUAUGACCCUUUCCUAUGUCUCUGUAAAUCAUUUCCAUCCAUUAUAUACUUGUGUUUCCAUGUUUUUGACUUGAAUGUAAAACGUAAUUUAUCAUUAUGUUGGUUUAGGCCAUCAGCAAAUCCAAUAAGAUUAUAGUCAAUCUGUUAUUGAGGUUGUUUGAAAACAACAAGUACUCAAGUGCUGAAAUAAAAGCAAAGUACUGUGGGUGGUGCAAGUCUGAAAGUGCUGAAGAAGAGUCAUAUCAGACUCGAAACAUUAAUUCUGUGCCUGUCUACAGAUACUGCCAGACUUCCUGAGUUUCUCCAACAUUUCCUGUUUUUGUUUCAGGGCUAAAGUAUUGGCCUUCCUUAGUACUCCAUUCAACAUCUCAUGCGUGUUACAAUUCAUGUGUCAGCUCAUCGUUUUCUUGGAUUUAACUUGCUCUGCAAACCAUUCCACAUUUUAAAAUUCCAUUAAAUUUUGUUAAAUAAAAAUACCAAUCUGUUUAAGGUGUGCCAAACCUGAAAAUAAUCAAGGAAGUUUGUUCAGCAAAAUCUUCUUAUAAAUCCAGGCUGGCUGUAUCAUAUUCCAUUAUUAUGUUACACAUAUCUCAAAUGUACUUCUAAGAAUCAGUUAUUGCUACUCAACUAAUGAGAUUGUAAUGAUGCCUAGAUCUGUUGUACACUUCAACUCUUCUGAAUAUUUAUGCCACCGACUCCCCAAAGAUGCCUUUUGACAUAAUUUUAGUAAUAGCUCCAUCAUCAAAGUUCUGUUAGCUCACAAUGUUGGCAUUUUUCUAAUGUGCUAGAACCUUCCAAAUUUCUUCUUUGGUACCUUCCCAAACAAGGGAAUAUAUGUUCAUUAUUUAUCUUCAGUCUGCUACUUUUAGCUUCUUUAAGUUCACUGACACCUUUAAAUUUUAUAGUUCCAACUCUCCCUUCACCACAUUAAAAUUAGUAGAACAUUUUUACAAUGUUCUUAAUACAUUUGUCAGCAAUCACUUCCACAGUUUAUUUCUUUAGACUAACCAAGUAACUGGGCAAGAAGGUGGCAGAGGAAGCCAAAAAUCAGAGAGCGUAAUAGUAUCUACUUCAGUAGAAAAAAAAUGGGAAAUCUGAAUGUUUUUAAUAGGUAAGAAAUUAAUAUAAGUUUGCUUUCAUGAAUGUUUAUGUAUCCUUACGCAUGAAUUGCAGGCAGCCAACCUGCAGGUGCAGUGAGCAAUUUGAAAGCAAUGAUUUAUUAGUUUUUAAAGGGAGGGGUUGCAGAAUAGGGAGAAGAAGUCUUGCUACUAUCAUGAAGGGCUAUGAUCAGGCCUCACCCAUUGUGGAAAAGCUACAGCAGGUGGACUGCGUUGGUUUGAAGGCAGCUCAUCACCACCUUCUGAAGGGCAACAUGGGAUGGACAAUAAAAUGUUGACCUGCCAGCGACGCCCAUGUCCCACAAAUAAAUGUUAAAAAAAACUUUUGCUUUUUGUCUUAUCUGUGGGAAAAUAUACUCAUCUUAGGGGGUGCCACAAACGUUGACUGGAUUAAUUCCUGGGGCUGUUCUACGAGUGAUUUUGUAGAUUGAACUUAUGUUAUCUCAUGUUUAGAAGUGUGAAAUGCAAUUUCAUUGGAACAUGUAACAUUCUUACUCGAAUUGGCACGAUAUGACAGGCUGAGGUUAUUUCCCCUGGGUGACAAGUUGAGGACCCAAAGUCUUGGGUUAAGGAGUCUGCCAUUUAAGAUUGAAAUUAGGAAAAUUUCUUUAAUCAGAAGCUUGUGAAUUUUUGUCAUGGCCUACCCCACAUAGCUUUGGAUCUUCAGUCAAAGAGUGUAUUCAAGGUUGAGAUUUCCAAGUGUUUAGGGCAGUAAAGCAAUUGUGGGCUAUUGGAGUGAGAGAGGAUGGUGCAGUUGAAGUAAAAGAUUAGCCAUGAUCUUGUUGACUAUCAGAGUGGUCUAAAUGGGAAUGUAGCUUAAUUCUGCUUCUAUUUCUUUAAGUACUUAAGAUUUUCACCAAGGAUAUAUAAAUAUGCACAAAUGGCCUGCCCACUUCUGCUACCUUCCUAUUGCGCUUUUUUUUAAGCAGACAAUCAUUCAUUUCGUUUAUUUGGGAUGAUGUUUGCAUAAAUUUUGGUGCCUCCAUAUGUGAAUUUGUCCACAUAUUUCUAUUAUCUCGACACAAAUAUCUUUUCUUCCCAAUAUUCUCACACAUUCAUCUCAGAAAACUUUGGAGGGGAUGUUAGCUCAAUCCACUCAGAAGAACUAAUAGUUCUGCAGAGACUUGUAGCUCUACCCUUGCUGAUUCAGACUAGCUCUGAUUCCUUUAUUUUAGGCAGAUGAGUUAAUUGUCUGUCACAGACAGGAGCUUUCCCCUUAUAUAUGCAAGUUCUCUUGAUGCCGUUGGCUUCCUGAGCAGUUUAUAUACUGAGAUAUUGGUAUGGGAAAAGGCACCUUCCAAGAUAAGUUGUAAAAUUUCCUUAGGAUCAAGAUGAUCCCGAGAGGUCUUCUGGACCACAUCGAGAAAUGUCUGGGCUGACUGUUACUCUACAUCCCACAAAAAGGCCUCAGUCUUGUGCUGCAUACCUUGGUUUUGGUAGAUGAUUUGAAUCUGCCUCAAUCCAUUUAGCUGUCUCCAUCCACUUGUCUCAAGCUGAUAGCUGAAGGUAUCAAGGAAAUGAGGUCCAGCUGUUAAAAUUGCUCAGGCCUCAAACUGAGAAUUUUUAGCAGAUUGGCUACUUAUCCUACUUUCAUCUCACCAAAAGGAAUAAUUCCCAGUUGAAUCUUUCCCUUUGUGUAGCUUGCUUUUCUUCCUGUGACUACUUUUAAUUAAUCCCUUCAUCAAUUUUGCAGACAGCUAAUUAACUGGACCUUGUUUUUCGUGGGUAUGUAUUGCAUUAACUACUAAAAUAGAAUUCAAGCUUUAAAAGCAUGAGAUUUUUCUUGACAAAGUUCACCUUCAGCUUAUUUCUGGGAGUAAAUUAACUUACAGAAUGCUUCAUUGUUUUCAAACUUUGCUUCUUGAAAUCAUGUAUUUAAUAUUGAACAUAUUCUGGUUAGUCUCAUUUCAUUCCUUCAUUUUUGAAUUACAUAAUAGCAAUGCUUAUAGCUAGCUAAGAGAAGCAAACCAAAAUAGAACUGAAACAAAGGUCAGUUCUGGCAGAAAAAUCAUAGCAUUAUAUGAGGAACAAAUGUUAAGAGGUCUAAAUGCAUAUCCUAUUAAAAGCUAGUGCAUGGAUAUGAAAAAUAAUUUAAUAGCUUCAUGAAAAGUUGACUUUUAUUUCAAGGGCCCUGAAAUAGGUGAAAAUCCAAGUGUUCAUAUUUUUGGCUGGACCCUAUUCAGAACAUUAUGUUUAGGUUUAGGCAAUGCAUGUUGAUCUAAUUUGAUUUAUUAUUGUCACAUACCUCGAUACAGUGAAGUUUUGUUUUGCUUGCAGUACAGGUAGAUCCUUAUCAUGCAAAGUGCUUUCGGGCAAUAAAACAGUGUGAGGAAUACAAUGUUAGCUGCAGAGAAGCAAGAUCAUCAUUAAAUUUAAAAUUUGAGAGGUCUAUUUAGAAGUCUAAUAACAGUGGGGAAGAAGCUUUUCUUGAAUCUGUUGGUUUUGUGUUUAAGCUUUUGUAGUUUCUGCCCUUUAGAAGAGGUUUGAAGAGAAUAUAUUUGGGGAUGGGAGCAGUCUUUGAUUAUGUUGGCUUCUCUCCUGAGGCAGCAAGAAAAGUAAUGGAGUCAGUGUGUGGAAGGUUGGCCUGUGUGAUGGACUAGACUGUGCUCACAACUCUCUGUAGUUUCAUACAGUCCUGGACAGUGCAGUUACCUUAUCAUGCCAUGAUACAUCUGGAUAGAAUGCUUUCUGUGGUGCAUUUGGAGACAGAGAGACUGGGAGAAUGGGAUGGAGUCCUUUCAAAAAGCAAAGUGUGAAGAUAUAUAUUUAAGAUAACUGGAAGUCAGUGGGUUUGUAAUGUAUAUUGUUCGCCAGCCUAUCCCCAGAAAUAGAAACGGUGAUGUUGAGGAAGGGAAGAGAGGAGGUGAAGAUGGACAGGUGAAGGUGAGAGCAGAAUGGUAAUUGGAAGCGAAUUGAUAAAUUUCUCCAGUUCAGAACAAGAGUAGAAAGCAGCACCAAGGGAAGAAGUACUGAAGAGAUAUGUGGGAGAGACCUGAGUAAGAUUGGAACAAGGGAUUUUCUACUAAACUGGGGCUCAUGCAGAUACCUAUGGCCACAAAUCUGACCUGAAGAAAAUGAGAGGAGUUAAAGGGGUUGUCCAGAGUGAGGAUGAGAUCUGCCAGGUGGAGGAGAGUGGAUGUUGAUGGGGGUGGUUCUGACCUAUUUUCCACAAAGAAGCAGAGGGACCUGAGACCAUCCUGAUGGGAGAUGGACGACUAAAGGAAUUGCACAUCUAUGGCCAAGAGGGAUUCAGCUAGAGCCCACAAACUGGAAAUUUGAAACUGCAGUAAAGCAUCCUAAGAAUCACAAAUGUAAAUAUUGAGAAACUGGACAGGGAGAAAAAUAUAGUCAAGUUAGGAAGAAUAAUUCCUGUGAGGAAGGAAUGGUAGGUUUGCCCAAGCAGCCCUGUUAAUAGAUUUUGGGGUGAAGGUGGAAAUGGGCUAUACCACGUUGAGAGAUGAGGCUGUCAUGGAGAGAUUUGCAGAAGUGGAGAGGUUGGUGAAAGUCAUGGACAUAAUGUUUUAUAAAAGCAGGAAUGUUAUGCUUCGUUUAUAGAGGCAAUUAGUGAGUCAACAUCUGUGUAUAGUUUGGACUCCUUAUUCAGAGAAGGGUUUAAAAGCAUUCAAGGCAGUUCAGAGAAGAUUUAUUAAAUUGUUACCUGGAUUAAAUGGGUUGUCUUAUGCAGAUAGUCUGGAUGUGUUGGCCUUGUUUCCAUCAGGCGUGGUGGCUCAGUGAAUAGCACUGCUGCCUCACAGGGCCAGGGAUCCGGAUUUGAUUCUACCCUUGCGUGACUGUCCACGUAGAGUUUGCACACUUUCCCCAUGUUGGUGUGGGUUUCCUCCAAAAAUGUGCAGGUUAGGUGGAUUGGCCACGCUAGAUUGGCUAUAGUGUUCAGGGAUGUGUAAGCUAGUUGGAAAAUGUGGGUUUACAGGGAUAGGGUUGGCGGGGGUGACACUUUGCUCUUCGGAGGGUUAGGCUCGAUGAGCCGAAUGGCCCACUUCCACACUGUAGGGCUUCUAUGAUUAGAGGCUAAAAGAGUGAGGGGUAACUUGACUGAAGUUAAUAACACCCUGAACAACCUUAGCAAAGUGGAAUUGAAAUAGAAUGGGUGAGCCCAGAACUAGGGGUCACUGUUCUUAUUAUUGGACGUCAUCCUUCUGAACAGAGAUGAGAGAAUUUUUUUUUUCUCUGUGAAUUUUGUGAUUCUCAGAGGGUUGAACAACUUCAGAGAACUCUGCCUCAGAAAUCAAGGAAGUGGGUCAAUUGAAAAUUUUUCAGGCAGCGAUGGAUUCUCAUUAGACGACGGAAUCAAAAGUUGUUGAGCAUAGAUGGGAAUGUAGAAAUUGAUACACAAAUAGAUCAGCCCUGACCUGAUUGAUUGGUGGAGCAUGUGUAUACUGCCAAAUGCUCUGCUCGUAUUUUGUACAUUCAUGUGUGCUUAGGAAUAAGUAGUUAGUGUCAUAUUAACAAGGUAUGAAAAUGACGAUACAGAUCAGCAAUAAUCUAAUUGAAUGGCACAAAAAGACUUGGGGCUAAAUGGCCUACAUCUAUAUCUAUGACAAUCACAAUAAUAAAAAAUUAUAAACUACAACGAGGAAAUUGUAGUUAAAUUCCAGCAAGAAAUAACCCUGAUAUUUCACUGGGGCAUAUGUGGCCAUGAGAAAAAUUGAUGUGAGAUUUAUAUUUUAAAGCUUUUACAGAUUAAUGCAACAAAGAGAAUGAAGAUUUAGGAUAGGCAACUGAACAUUUGAUCAGCAGGAGGAUAAUUGUGAGACUGCCGACAGAAAGGAUUGGUGUAGCUAGGCUAAUACUUGGGCAGAUUCCCAACUCAAAAAAUAAUAUUUCUGAGGAAGGGUUACCGGACCCGAAAUGUUAACUCUGUGUUUUUCUUCACAGAUGCUGCCAGACCUGCUGAGCUUUUCCAGCAACUUCUGUUUUUGUUCAAAGAAUAAUAGGAUGAAUUUGGGAGGAGAGCUGACAAGAUCAUGGAGUUUUGAAACAAUACUAAGUUGAAUGCCAGUGCAAAGGGGCAGAAUGACAACGUAAGAGGAGCAUUACAUAUUUAAAAUAUCAAUUUAAUUGAUAUGCCAGCAUGGGAAAGGUAAUAUAACUGUAUGGAUCAAAAGCAGAAGCUGCUGGGAAAGCUCAGUAGGCCUGGCAGCAUCUGAGAAGAAAAAUAUCAGAGUUAACGUUUUAGAUCCGAUCACUGUUCCUCAGAACCAUUCAAGUCCUACCCUCUCAACCGCACCCCUGACCUGAGGGAGUGGUAACCCUGAGGUUAAAACACACCAGUUAUGUCUCUUUCUUUAAAGAGAGAGUAACCAAUGCUAUGGCUUUUUAGUGACUACACUUGAAAAGGCAUUGAUUAGCCCUAAAGUGUUUCAGGAUGAGAAAUGUUGAAAUAUAAGUGAAAGCUUUCUGUAAUUAUAUCUUUUUACGCAUUUAUUUCAAUGCUUACCAGAAUUAUGUUCCACUUGGAUAUUUAUAGAAAGCAAUACAUCCUUUGAAUCAUUUUUAAGGCUUGAUUUCAACAAUGAGCCACUUGACUUUCCUCAAGUCUCCUUGAAGAUCAGAUUAGAAACUUCCAGUGCUCCAAACUGUACGCAAAAUAAAUUUUCUAACUCAAUGCUAUGUUUCCACCAUGGGUGGUGGAUCAGAAACCCUCCCAAACCUCAACGAAUAUUCCGUUGGUUUAGUAAAAUAAAAUCUUUCUUUAAUGCCAAUGAAGUGUAUAUGCAUAAUUAGUUGUCGUGAAUGCUCAUCCUAACUAAGGGCCCUGUAAAAUUUCAUCCAUGGAGAAAUCUUCCAAAAUUUCUAUGAGAAUUUGCUUUUUACACUACAGUUUUUGAUAUUGGUAUCUUCCCUUUGCAUUACAUGUAUAAUGGAAAUGCUGUCUGAAUUUGGAGUCAGUGCAUGGGAAGGAAUGAGUCCCUAGAUGAAGAAGUGCUACUCCACACCAUUUUGGAACUAAACAAGACAUGAAUAUACAAAGUUGAAACUGCUUUACACUAACAUUAAACUUGUAGAGUGAAUGGUUCCUUCAUUUUUAAGACUUGUCAUUCAAACUUUCAUUCACUUAUUUCUCCACAGAUCUUGUUAAUUUAUUAUUUCUCAUUUUGUGGAGCAACAGAUCCUCAAUAUAUCAUGUUGGUAUAAAUUUUUGAUAAUAAUACCUUUAAACCAUCAAGGCUUUUCCCUCUCUCACUAUUUAUCAUCAUUCCUUCCUUAAAUAUAACAUUAUCCCUCGUCAAAGUUCUUAUCCCUUUUGGCCUCUGAUACUGAGUUGGCUGUUAGGAGACAUGUCAGCCACAUUAAUCUGAAGGAAAAUUUGCAGGGGAAAGGCACUAAAAUCUGUGACCAAUAUAAAUCACUCACAAGGAGAUAAGUUAGCAGAGAAAGGCAUUGGUACUACAAUUCACUAUUCAGCAGCCUGCGUGGUUUAAGUUUGUAUCUAUUGCAUCACACACACAAGUUCAAACAUUUGGGAUGGGAUGGCCAGAUUAUGCAUAAAAACUUACUGCAGGGGUAGAGAUAGGAAAAAUUACAAAGCAAGCCAUCAGAUGCCACUUUGAAAUGAUGGGUCAGAUUUUCAGCUUCACUGCCUGGGCCAUAAUCUGCCAGAACAGAUCACCCACCUAUUGUAGGACUUGUCCAAUUUUCAUUGCAUUUAUCCUCCAAAUCCAGCUUGCUGAAUGGGUGGAUGCAAUAAAACCCAGAAUAUUGACUUGCAAUGCCAUAUCCAGAUUGAAGUUGAAAUUGAGUGCAACUGAUAAGAAAGUGAUGGCAGAACAGCGUAAGUGAAAUUGCAUUUACAGUAUGGAUUUCACACUGUGGCCUCAAGAAAUAAGUCGAGUGGAAUUGGGAGCAGGGAUAUUCUAUAUAUGAAAUCCCCUCAUAUGGAUAACUAAAAUAUCAAUUGCAGAUGCUUCCUGUGUAAAGAAUGAUUGAAAGAUUGUACACAUAGAAAAAAAUGUUAGUGCACAUUGGUGGAUAUUAGAAACACAGCACAGAACAGUGUCAUGUUGAAAGAUGUUCAUCAGAAUUACAUUAGCGGAUAUUAAAAAAAAACCUUAGAACACUUAUCUGUUGAUAAAAUGCACCAAUAUGCCUUCAAGGACAAUGAACCUUGUUGAUGUUUGCUUUGUGCUGACCUUUGGCUGUCACUCUGCUGGCUGCUAUCUAACUGUGAUAAAAUGUCCUGGUCUCUGACUUUUUUAAACAAGUGUUUGUUUGUACGCUUAUGUUGAAAGG